AUGGAUGACAUCAUUACGCAAAAUGAUUCGUUUUCGACGGCACUAUACGCGUAUGAAAACAAUCUGACGGAGCAAAAUUCUUCCAAGUCUGAAAUCCAUUCGCCGCCGGAGUACAUCGUCAUAAGUUCAAGCAUUUUUUAUGCUAUAAUCUUUAUCGUUGGAAUCGUCGGCAACAUUCUGGUUGUCGUUGUGAUCUCAUGCAGCCGACGGAUGAAAACCACUGUGAACAAGUACCUUGUAAAUCUCUGCAUCGCCGACAUGUUGGUCAUCUUAGUAUGCAUGCCAACCGCUCUCGUUGACAUAUUUACAAAGGAAGUCUGGGUGUUCGAUGAAUUCAUGUGUAUGCUGGUCCCAUUCCUUGAGAAUGCAGUCGCGCACGCUUCUGUGCUGACCAUAACCGCCAUCACCUUGGAGCGAUAUAGAGUCGUUAGAUAUCCGCUUAAGAGUGUCGACGACAAUAUGCGAGCGGUGAGGUGGAUUCUUUUGGGUAUCUGGCUUUUCUCUGCUGCGUCGUGUGUUCCAUAUAUUUUCAUUACGAAAUACAUGGAUGCUGCAUUUCAUGAUGGAACACCUAUUAAGCACCACUUCGUAAAGCGGCAUAGACAGGUUGGAAAUAAUAUCGCGUCCAUUGUAGGGAUUUUUUUCCUGUGUCAUCUACCAUUUAGAAUUGUGAGCCUUUGGCUGGUGUUUGCGGCUCUCGAAACAAUCGAAAGACUCGGCCUUGAGAAAUAUUUGCUUCUAAUUUAUAGUGCUCGAAUAUGUUUCUACAUAAACCAUGCGAUAAAUCCGGUGAUAUAUAACUUUGUGUCAUCUAAAUUUCGAGCCGGUUAG